AUGGCAAAACUAUACAUUAGAAAAAAUUACAACGUAGGAACUUUUACUAAAGCAUAUAAUACUCGUAUUUCAUUUGUAAAACCAACAAGCAUAAGAUGUAUAAGAAAAAGUGCGAGAGAGAUGGAUAUCAUUCUAUCUCGCUCCCACUAUAGUAAGGGUCGUGACGGCAAAAUUUUUCACUUUUUCUCACCUAGCCUCCAUCCGUCAAAUUCGUAG